UUUAAUCCGCGGAUGGAAUGAGCCGCUCACGCAAACAAAGAAAGCAGGAUUGCUCUGAUUUCGACUGUUUGUGAAAACUACAAUUCAAUCUCAAUUCUGAGACUGCUACACUUUGAAUAUAGUUCACGGAGCAGAUCUUUCCAAACUGGAACAUUGCAUCAGAGGAGGAGAGAGAGGAGCCACUUCUCACACUUCACAGCAUCGCCGGAGUGCGCUUGCCCGGAGAGGCGUGACUGUGACCCGAUUUGACGCGAAACAAGCAAAACUGUCAGUGCCGCCUCAGACCGGGAGAAGUUCGAAACCUCCCCUGCAUGCGGAAGCCGAGAUGUCUGACUGCAGGAGGCAGUGGAACCGGGAGGACGAGCUCCCGGUCUACCUGGCGGGCCCCAUCACCACCGGGCCCAACCAGCGCAAAACCUACGGGAUGUUCAGCUCCGUGGAGGGAGCGUUCGACAGCAAGACCAUAGACUUCGACAACUACGCCGUGGGGAGGAAAGGGAGCCGCACUCCGAGGAGCGGGAGUCGGGAGAGGCUCCUGGACGCCGGUGACCCCGCGGGGAAGACCCCUGGCGACGCCCGAGAGGAGUCACUGCCCAACUCUCCCGGAGAGACGCAAGAGGCGCAACGAGGUGUGGAGGUCUCAGUUUCAUCGGGAAAGGAAAGCCCAGAUGGACAGGGUGAAAGGCUUCUGAUCAAAGGAGGCAGAGUGGUGAAUGAUGACCAGUCUUUCUACGCAGAUGUCUACAUUGAGGAUGGGCUCAUCAAGCAGGUGGGGGAGAACCUGGUUGUUCCAGGAGGCAUUAAGGUGAUCGAGGCCAAUGGGCGUAUGGUGAUACCAGGGGGGAUAGAUGUCAACACAUGCCUGAUGAAGCCUUACCUGGGAAUCCAGCCUGUGGAUGACUUCCUCCAGGGCACGAAGGCUGCACUGGCAGGAGGAACGACUAUGAUCCUUGAUCACGUGACCCCUCAGCCUGGGGACAGUCUCUUAGAGGCCUUUGAGCGCUGGCAGGAGGCCGCAGAUAAAAAGGCGUGCUGCGAUUAUUCCCUGCACGUUGAUAUCCCCCACUGGGACGAGACUGUCAAAGACGAGUUGGAGCUGCUGGUGCAGGACAAAGGUAUAAAUUCCUUUCAAGUCUACAUGGCUUACAAAGAUCUGUACCAGUUGACAGAUACUCAGUUGUACGAGGCGUUCUCCUUCCUGAAGCAGCUGGGCGCCAUGGUGCUGGUUCACGCUGAAAACGGAGACCUGAUUGCUCAGGAGCAGCAAAAAAUCCUGGGAAUGGGAAUAACCGGUCCUGAAGGCCACCCUCUGAGUCGUCCUGAGGAGUUGGAGGCCGAGGCGGUGUUUCGGGCAAUCACCCUGGGCAACCGUGUGAACUGUCCCGUCUACAUCACAAAAGUGAUGAGCAAGAGUGCAGCCGACACCGUCGCUCAGGCCCGGAGGAAAGGUUCUGUGGUUUUUGGGGAGCCAAUUACAGCCUGCUUGGCGACCGAUGGUUCUCAUUAUUGGAGCAAAAACUGGGCCAAAGCAGCUGCUUAUGUGACCUCUCCACCUUUGAGUCCUGACCCCACAACCCCAGACCAUCUCCAUACACUUCUAUCCUGCGGGGACCUCCAGGUGGUGGGCAGUGCUCACUGCGCAUACAGCACCUCCCAGAAAGCGGUCGGUAAAGAUGACUUCACCUUAAUCCCCGAGGGAACAAAUGGAAUAGAGGAAAGAAUGGGCUUUGUCUGGGACAAGGCUGUGGCCAUGGGGAAGAUGGAUGAGAACCAGUUUGUGGCGGUCACAUCGACCAACGCAGCUAAGAUCUUUAAUCUGUACCCACGCAAGGGACGCAUAGCUGUUGGUUCUGACGCCGACAUCGUCAUCUGGGACCCUGAUAGCAUCAAAACCGUCACCGCCAAACUCCAGCAGUCGGCUGCAGACUAUAACAUCUUCGAGGGUGUGGAGUGCCGAGGCGCCCCAGCACUGGUGUUGAGUCAUGGCCGGAUAGUUUUUGAAGGUGGCAAGCUGCAUACUCAGCCGGGAACCGGCCGAUUUAUUCCCCGCAAGGCCUUCCCGGACUACGCUUACCAACGUGUUAAGUUCAGGAAUGAGGUUAAGAGUAAGCAAGGUGUCACUCGUGGGAUAUACGACGGUCCAGUUUAUGAUGUCGCGCCAACCCCUAAAUACAUUACCCCUGCUCCGUCAGCCAAAACGUCUCCCACCUCCCACCAGCCACCACCGAUACGCAAUCUUCACCAGUCCAACUUCAGCCUUUCAGGUGCUCAGAUCGAUGAUAAUGUUCCUCGCAGGUCUGGCCACCGCAUUGUAGCCCCACCCGGUGGUCGCUCCAACAUCACCAGCCUUGGCUAAACGUGUGGCUGUGCACAAAAGUCUGGCCGGUUUGGGGUUUCCAUCUCUUGAGUGUGCGUAAAAAUGAAUGUGUGUGACUGUUAAUGAGAGCAUGCUUUUAUGAAUGAAUUCCUUUGUUUGUUUGCUUGUUAUGGAACAAUCGUGACACAAUUUUUUAUGACCAUUAAGAUAUUCUCUGUUUGGUAUGGUCAUUUAGAAUAAGCACAUUGCCAUCUCUAGGAGAAAAAAAAAGGAUUGAUAAUCAGUGUUGUUUAGCUUUGUCCGAUGGACUGGCAGAACCCCGCCCCUCGCCCACUGACUGCUGGGACCCCAUUUGGGAAUAAGCGGUUCAGAAAAUGGAUGGAUGAAUGGAUGUUGUUUAGCUCUAUUAAAAAAAACAAUCAUAUGGAUACACGUGCACAA